UCCUCCGUCCCCGCCCCCGCGCGACGGCGAUUGGCUGCAGUGCGCGGAGUCCCGUGGCCCAUUGGCUAGGCGCAACGUCCGUGCGGAUCGGGCCCUGUCGCCGCCAUGGUUCGCUUCAAGAACAGGUAUGUGCUGUGCGAGGUGGUCUCGGAGGACCCGCGGUGCCGGCAGUGCAUCGAGGACCGCGCCGUCGGCCUCGCCGUGAGGGACGCCAUCGGGCGGGUGCACGGGGACUACGGCCUGGCCUGCUGCUCCAUCUCCUUCACAGUGAAGUACGUGAACGCCUACACCGGGACGGUGCUGCUGCGCUGCCGCAAGGACUUCUACAGGCUGCUCUGCUCCGCGCUCCCCUUCGUGAGGCAGCUGGAGAGCCGGGGCCAGCGCUACCCCUGCGCCCUGCACACCCUGCACGUCGGAGGUACCAUAAGAACAUGUCAGAAAUUUCUGAUUCAGUAUAAUAGAAGACAGCUGCUGAUGUUGUUGCAGAACUGUACAAAUGAAGAGGAAAGACGGUGUAUACAGAAGUCCUUGUUGAGCUGUUCCCUUACAGAAGAGCAGUCUCAAAGUGGAGAUGAGGAAGAUGAUGGCACAGAGACAGACUAAACGUUAUCUUUAAUGUUCACCUCUGUCCUGUACUUGUGAAAUCAAGAUGUUGCCAGUUACCUUCAGUGUUAAGCAAAGCAGGGGACAGAAAAAGCACCCAUUCAAAUUUACACUUCAUUCCCCCAUUCCAAGUGUUCUAAAAUAAAUUUUUUUAAAAAAAAAGUUUUUACUUAA